GUUAUCAAUUAUUGCACAAAUAAUUAUUAUUAUAAAUCGGACAAUUGUUUAUUUCUAGUAGGAUAAUCCAUUACGACUCAUACAAUUAUGCCAAAUUUAUUUAUGCUUAAAGAAGAAGAUAAGAUUAUUCUUAACGUUGGUGGUACGAAAUACAGUUGCCCUUUUCGCAUUUUGAAAACACUUCCUAAUUCUCGAUUAGGACAACUUCAUUCGGUAAAGAAGUGGGAAGAUGCUAAUAAAAUAUUCGACCAUUAUGAUGAUAAGAAGAAGGAAUUCUUCUUCAAUUAUCGUUGCAAUUUAUUCGGUGAAAUCCUCGACUGUUAUUACAACGACACCCUUCAUUUAGACGAGAGAAUGUGUUCUUUCGAUUUUCAACAUAUCCUAAAUUAUUGGUGGUUAAACGAAAGUAAUUUGGAUUAUUAUUGUUAUCAUAGAUUUGUAAUGAAACGUGGAAGAGCCAAAAAAGAUUUAAAAUUACAAGAAAAAAUUAUGGAUAAAAUAAUCGAUGAGGAUUUCGGCGAUUCCGAUUGGGGUGAGAUUAGACAUAAAAUAUGGGAGAUAUUGGAAAUGCCGAUGUUAUCUAAAAUUGGAAAGGCAUAUAACCGUUUUAUCAGAAUAUUAUGUUACUUUUACGUCUUUGUAUUCAUUUAUCACGUAAUUACAAUCAAACAUUUAAUGCAUAAUCGAAUACUACAAAGAGUUGAUGUCACACUAACUCUAAUAUUUACAAUGGAUUACGUAACGAGACUAAUUGUAGCUAAAAAUAAGUGGAAAUUCGUGUGUUCUGUAGCAAAUAUCUUGGAUCUCUUAUCGUUUCUUCCUUACGUCGUUAUCUUUACAGCAACUCGUCUCAUCAAUUUGUUAUUAAAUUACAAUUGGAAAAUAAACACACACAUCUUAGAAAUUAUUACUAUAAUGUUUAAAUUAUUAAAGUUAAUGCGUUACUCGAAUAAGAUCGAAAAUACCAUCUUCACCGUCUACAGAAGCAGAUGGGAAAUACUAUCGGCAAUUAUAUUUCAAAUAAUAGCAGUACCUAUAUUUUCAACAUUUAUGUAUAUUUUUGAAGUAUACGAGAUAAAUAAUUCAGCUGAUAGAUCAAUUUUAGGACAUAUGUGGUCGAUUAAUGCCGCUUUAAGUGGAAUUAACUUCGGAACUCUAUUACCAGCAGCCGUAUCGAGUAAAUUAUUAGGUAUAUUAGUGGCUGCUGUUAGUUAUAUGAUUAUUAAUUUUUAUAUUUUUAUUGGAGUCAAAAAUUAUAAUUUGACACAGAAAGAUAUUUAUUUAAGAAAUAUCUUGAGAAACGAAUUACGUGUUAGCAGAAAUAAAGAAAGAUAUAACAAAUUUAAGACUGAAGAGAUGAUGUGUUGCGUACAACAACUUCUAAGAAUCGUUGAAAAUCAUCUGUUUUUAUGGGAAAUUGAAGAGGAACAAUUAGAUUAUAUGGAUUCGUAUCGUGAUUUAAAGUACGAAGAACAUUACAAGAAAGACAUUUCAUCUAGUAUUAUCCACGUAUCGCAGCAGCAGAUUCUUAAACCUUAUUAUAAAAUAGAUGAAAAAUUUAAAUUAAUAAAUCGUAUGGUUAUAAAUGUAGGAAAUGUUCGAUACGAAAUAUUAUGUAAAAGUUUAAAUCUUUUACCAGAUUCACGCUUAGGAUUGAUCUACAAUUCAUCGAGUGUUGAAGAAAUCUUAAAACAUUGCGAUGGUUUCAUUAAAGAAAAACAAGAAGUAAUAUUUUAUAGAAAUCCAAGAUUUUUCGAUGUUAUUCUUAACUUUUAUUAUACUAAGAAGUUGCAUAUAAGAAAAGAUUGUAUUCUUGGAAUUCAAGAGGAAUUGGAAUAUUGGAAUAUAGAUGAAACGUAUUUGGAACCAUGUUGUCGUUUUGCAUAUUUUAAUGCUAAAAGUUAUUCCAACAUUUUUAUGUUUAGAAAGAAGGAAAUUGUGAAAAUGAUUCAGAAAGAAAAAGUUAUUUUAUAUAAUAGAUUAUGGAGAUUGAUGACUGAUCCGAAUAGUGGUAAUAAAGGAAAGGUUUACGCUAUUAUUUCUGUUACUGUCUUCGUGAUUGAUAUGAUAAUAAUACUGUGGAACAACGAAAUUUAUUUAAAAAAUCAAAGUAUACAAGAUUCUUUGACUAGAAAAAUGAUUCUUUUCUGCUGUGUAUUUUUUAUUCUAGAAUACAUUAUCAGAUUAUUAGUGGCACCAAAAAGAAGAAAUUUUAUAAUUUCUCCAUUAAGUAAUCUGGAAAUUUUCUGUGCUCUUUCAACGAUAUUACAUUUAUAUUUUGCUAAAAAAUUUAAUCAAUUCGUAGUAUUCAGAUACGUAAUUUCCUUCUCUAUAAUUCUAAGGCCUAUAAAAAUUUGUCGGUAUUUUUCCAUUGUUAAAUAUUUCGUCUUAAUAUUUAUCGAAGGGCAUAAAGAUAUCAUUAUGAUACUGAUCAUUUCAGCAACUAUAUGUUUCUUAUUGGCUCAUGUUAUAAUAGAUAUAGGUAAAAUUACACAGCUUAGGGUCUUCAACGGUACCAAACCUAUUAACAAUUAUUAUGAUGCAAUUUGGUAUUCACUGUUUACGGUAGUUAAAAUGGGAUAUGGAAAUUUUCAACCAUCUACUGAAAUUUCUAGAAUUAUAGUGUCAAUUUAUGCAGGUUUCGCUUCUAUGAUUGUAAUUAUAAUGAUUUCAUCACUGGUACCGCUAUUCAUGAAACAUUAUACGGGAGAAGAUGAAAAAGUGAUUGUAGUAAAAGAACAACUUGUAUUAGAAGAAACAUCAAGAAAAUAUAACAUUGGAAAAGAAUACGACCAACAUGAAAAUCCAACUCAAGAUCUUCCUAUAGUCUCUUAAAGUUUAAAAACAUAAAUACG